CUGAGCCCGGAGGAGAGGCCUGCGCCGCACUGUAGUGUCUGCUGCUCGGGAACAUGAGCCGGGAAGUGCUGGCCGAGCUGCGCUGGGCCGAGGGCUUCGCUAUCCCUGUGGUCAACGCCGAGAAUAAAGCCCUGGAGGAUGAGUUACAAAGGAAACAGAAGGAGAAGACAAAUUUGUCAAACCUGAUAAAAGAAAUGGAAGAUCGUAUUCAAGCAAUGGCUGACCAUCUUAAAAAUGUCAGACAAGAGCUGAACUAUACACAGUCUCUUUGUAGGGCUAGAGAAAAAGAAAUUGAAAGUGAAGAACACUUUAAGACUCUCACUGAAAGGGAAAUUGGGCGUCUUAAGCAAGAAAUCCAUCGUCUUGAAAAUGAGCUGGUGUCCUUGAGAGAAAAGAAAAAUAGUCAAGAAAAUAACAUAUUCAAGGCUACACAAAAACUGGAGAACUUGAAAUGUCAACUGAAUUGGGACCAGCAAGCUCUAGAGGCCUGGCUUGAAGAAUCUGCUCGUAAAGAUGAAGACACUGUCGCCAUUCAGAAAUACUCACAGAAGGAUGAAGGAAAAAUUAAAGUUAUGUCCCUGCAGAUUGAACGGUUGACUGUGGAGUCCAACCACAAACGUAAACUUUUGGAUAAUGAGUUGACAGAGACUAUCACUACACAGAUUGAACUGGACAAAGCAGCUGAAGAUUUUCGAAAAGCGCACUCAGAGAGACAACAGCUGAUCCAACAGUGGGAAAACACCAUUGAUCAGAUGCAGAAAAGGGAUAGAGAGAUUGAUCAGUGUGCACUGCAAUUGGCCAAGGUGAAACAAGAAUUACGAGAAAGAGAAAAUAUUAUAAAAGAGAAAAUCCAAUUUCUGAACAGCGAAAUAGAGAAUAACAAGGAAUAUGAGAAGAAGAUUUCCAUGGUAGAAAGAAAGGCUGCCAAACUGAGGCAGGACCUUCAGGAGCAAGAGAGCAUUCGAAGUCAACUACAAGAUGAGCUGGAUACACUUAAAGGGACUGUUGAUAGGACUGCUACUGAAUUAGAAGUCAUGCGGGUUCAAGUAAACAACCUUAAAAAAGAGGUCCGGAAAAAGGAUGAAAGACUAGGUUGGGCUAAAGAAUAUAAUGAAGGUUUGGGUGAAAAAUUGAAGCUUGUGACAAACUCAGCUCUGAGCAUGGAAGAAAGGGCCCAACGUAUAGAGGAAAUGCUGAAGGAGCAGGAGAAAACAGUAAAGGAUCUGGAAGCCCAGCUCAAACAGAUAAGAGAGCAACAUUUCAAGAAAUCACAGGAACUGCAUGAGCACAAGACAAAAGAAAAGCACAUGAUAUCAGAAAUUAAUGGAAGCCAAGUCUCGCUGAGAAACCUUAAUAGUCAACUGCAAAAACUUGACCUGCAUGCUUUAAAGCAACAGGGGAUCAUUUACAAUCAGGAUUUCCAGAUACAACAACUGGAGCGCAGACUAGCAAGGUUGAAAGGAGAAGUCAACACAGAUGAAAAACAUGAACUGGAAAUUAAAGUAUCUGAGUUCAGUAAAACAUUUGAUGACCGCACAGCUGCCCUUAAUGUCCUAAAUUCCCAGCACAAGAAACUGCAGGGAGAUGUUCGUAACAUUAAACGGGAGCUUGAAAAAACUGGCCAAGAGAAGGAGAACCUUAUCAGCAAAAUGGAAGAACUCAAACUCUUCAAUAAUAUGUCCGAUAAAGAAUUGAAAAAGCUUAGGACAUCCAAACAGGAUUUUAUGGUUGAAGACAAUAUCCUGAAACUGGAAAUCAAGCGACUGAGAGACAUGCUACACAAUAAAGCGGACAAUGUGUUCUCUUUGGAAAAACGCAAGUUGCUAUUGCAGGCGGCUAUGAAAGAGAGGACACAAGAGAUUGCUAUACACAAAGAGAUGCUGAAAUCGCAGAUACGGCUUGCAGACCAGGAGAGACAGACUAUAAGUCAAGAAGUUCAUGAGAGACUUGCAAAAGUUGAUAAAAUGAGAAAAAGAUUUGAAAUAAUUACUGUUGCAAUGAUGCCUCCAGAGGGUGAAGAGGAAAAGUCACAGGCAUACUAUAUCAUAAAGGCUGCACAAGAAAAGGAAGAACUUCAGCGGGUUGGCGAUGAGCUGGAUGCUAAAAUUCGUAAGGCUGAAAAGGAAAUCGGUGCUUUAGAGAACACCCUUCAAGUCAUUAAUGGCUGUAACAACUCCUAUAGGAAAUCAUUUAACAAAGUGACUGAAACAAGUGAAGAGUAUGAAGAAAAGAGUCAAUUAGAAGAGAAAAAGAAAGCAGCUGAGGACAAGUAUAGGUACAAGAGGAGACAGAUAAAAGAGAUCCAGGAAGACAUGCAGAUUAUGAAAAACACCUUUGAUAGCAUGAUGAAAGAGGAAGCGUCGUACCAGGAGAAGGUGAAUGAAAUGCUUCCCUGCAUUACACAGCUUAACAAAGAGACAGAGGAUCAAAAGACCAAGUUGGAGAGAGUCAUAAAACAGUGUUCCAAGCUGGUAAGAGAAAUUCGCUCGGCAAAGAAAAGCAAAGAUGAAAGCCAAGAUGAACGUGAUAUUAAAGUUCGUGAGCUGCGAGACUUCAACAAAUCUAUUAACAAGAUGUUGGCCCAAGCAGUGGAUGAACACCCAGAGCUCAACUUACCCUUACAGAUGUACUUUCAGCAGUUUGGUUUACAAAUACCAACCGGGACUUCAACACCAGGAAGCUCAAGAUCGAGUUCCUCGCGAAGUUCAGUAUUAUCUGUUAGAUCAACUUCUUCUAAACUUUCGACAAGCUCCCUUCCAUCAAGAGUAAACGUAGUCGAACUUGGUCUUCCUAUGGCCUCUCCUCCAUCAACUGCAUCAUCAGCUCGCAGCUCUAAGGCAUCAAGUAGAGGGAGCACCCAAAGAAGUUCAAAGUAGAAUGCUAUGAAAAAUAAUUGUUUCCAGAUUGUUUACUCUUAUUGAUUUCAGCGUGUACUGUGAUAUUGACGACCAAUUAAUGAAGGGAGACAAGUUAUAUUUUAAAACAUUCUCGAUUAAAAAAAAAAAAACUA